AUGAGUCAGAGGUAUAACGCGAGACGUAGGACGAGGUCUUCGUGCGACCACGAGAACGGUGCGGAUCAGCUGAAGAUUAUCCACGGAAUCGCUUUCUAUAAGAAUAGGAACCAUUGGUCUAAAGUGUGUUCAGUUCUCAAGAGAUUUAAAAAGGACUCAAAAUUUUGCGAUUUUCAACUCAAAGUCGAGGACAAGACCUUCGAUGUCCAUAGAGUCAUAUUAAGCGCUUCCAGUCCUUACUUCGAGGCCUUGUUUUCAAACGAUUUGCUCGAAAAAGAGUCGAAAUAUGUUGAACUCAAAGACAUUUCGGCCAAAAUCUUCGACGAACUCAUUGAAUACAUAUACUCUGGAGAACUGUCCAUCAAUGGAGACAAUGUCCAGGAAUUGGUUUCUGUGGCCAAUCGCCUCGAGUUGAGUGAAAUUGUGACCAUUUGUUGC